AUGUCGGGUCGACGUUAUAGCGAAGGUCACAACAGCUACAACUCCGAACCCAUAGUUAUUGAAAGGGAUCCACAGGUGCGUAGCUCUUACCGCAUCGUUCGACCGGCCAAGCCAAAGAAGGACCGACUGACAAUUGGCUCCAAGAUAUACAAUCUCUUCCGAACUCGCAGAAAAAGGGUUCAGAUCGUCGAGGAGUCGCCCAUCAGGAGUCGGCGCCAGCAGCGGCGAAUCCGCACCCCUUCGCCAUCGCCAUCGCCAUCGCCAUCCCCUCCACCACCACCGUCUCCUCCAAGGGGCCCGUAUCACAAAAUGACAACUCGGUUGAACGAAGAGGACAUCUUCGCUCCUCUGCCUCCAAGGUUGUCUCCAAAAUCCAAGUCAAAGUAUCGACAUGAGGAUGACUUUGACCCGAUCAUUGAGGAGAGAAAGCCUCAGCGAUACCGAAAGGUCAAGGUUGUCUACAGCCACCCAAGAGAUGAAGAUGCUCAUCCUCAGGUGGAAACUCCAUCAUCGCCACAUAAGAAGCGCGACAGCGGCAAAUACUAUGUCGAGACACGGGUGGACAACCGCCCGAGCUCGGCGUGGUCUGAAUUUGAUCAUCGUCGAGCAGACGAUGAAGUGGUUCGGCAGCUGACAUCCGACUUUAACAACAUGCUCGCCAAAGAGCGGAAGGAGCGGGUUGAGGCCGAAAGGGCUGCUGCUGCCGCCCAGGAAAAGGCGCACAGGCUCGAAGCUGACCUGGCGCAUGAACAACGACAAAGGUCUCUUGAGCAACGUGAGCGAGCUGCAGCUGAUCGUGAAAGACGUCUAACCAACGACCGCGAACGGCUUGUUGAAGUCAGGCGACCCGUAGUUGUGCACAACCCGAUCGCGGCGGUGGUACCUGCCCAUGACAACCACCGAGUGGAUCAUCGAACAGCGCUUGAUCGAGCUCAAGAUGACUACCGACGACUCGAAGUACGAACUGAGCGUACAGCUCGUGAAGAGCAGCGGGCAUCGGCUUCAGAAAGACGCCCUCGCCGGCAGAGCAUCGUCAUCGUGGACAACCCACGCGAGCAUAGAGAGCGAGGUCAUGGACAUCGAUAG